ACUCACUAAAAUACGUAAUUUUAAAUAAAUCGGGUAAAAAUCCAAUAAGCGUUUAGGUGAUCUAAUUAGCACUCCAUUAAGCGGGCCAUUACUUGUAUUGUGGCAGUUUAAUGCCAUCUUCGUAUGUUAAGUGAUCAUGGGUGAUCUUAAUGUGGCUGUUUUUACUUUCGUGGUUUCGUUCAUAAUUUUGUUAUUAAACACUAUAGAAAUCAAGAGACAAACUAAAUCGAAGAGGGAUGUGUUCUUAUUUGUGGUAUUUGUUCCGGUAACGAUAUUGAUUAUAUUACUAUCCGCUGUGCUGUAUCCAAUUCUAAUGAGCUAUCGGAUGAUAAUAUCGAUAAUUUUGCGUCGGAAGUACGGAGACAAAUUUUGUGGGCUCGUGCGUGGACUGGACGUGGUAAGUGCUACUCAAACGAUGAAACAAAACACCAUCACUGCGGUAGUUUUGUUUGAAACUGAUACGGAGACCAGCACCGAGUCAAUUCGUGAGUUCUUGAAUAAAGUAGUGACAGAUACCAUAAUGCAGAAUGAAACGCAUUUGGGUAAAUUACUCACAACCCUUGACACUUUUUCUGGGUACAAAUUUUUAAAAAAGACCAACAUUCACAUGCACGAAUGCAUACGUAGAUUACCGACAAUUGAUGGCGAACUGAAUAAUGACUCAUUAAAGAAAUUGAUUAGUCACUGGUAUUUUGAACCAUUUAAUGGCCCACUGCUGUGGGAUGUCGCCUUUGGAACACAACCACUCCAACAGAAAGACAACGGAAGCAGUAAGAAGUGCUAUCCCCUAGUACUACGCGUUCACCACGUUGUAUCUGAUGGUAUUACCAUUUUGAAAUUUUUCGUCGGACUCUUAACCGACAAGUUAAACAACUCAAACCCCUCGACUUUCGAGAAGUACGUCAAAACCGAAGAAAUUAAAUUCGCAACACUUCUCCAUUAUGUCUACUUUAUUCUGCAAAUAAUCGUAUAUUUUCCCACCGCCUUGUAUUCCAUGGUGGUACUAAAAUGCCAUGAUCACAAUGAACUUCAUGGAAAAGCACUCAGCAAUAACGAAAAGGUGGCCUAUACUCUCGAUGAAAAUGGGACGUACUUUCAAAAAGUCAAGAAAAUUAGGAAAUACACUAACGCAUCGGUUCCCGAAAUUGUGCUCGCUGCGUUUAGCGAAAGUAUGAAGGAGCACUUCAUAAAGUACCAUAAAAGCUGCCCAAAUGAUAUAACCCUAACACUUCCAGUAGUGCAAAACUAUACGGAAUUAAAAACUAUACAACCUGGUCUGGAUGUCAGUGACAUUCACUUGAACAAUAGGUUUAUUAUACUGUGCCUGAAGGUACCGUUCUUUGUCGAAAACGAUGAAUUUGACGAAAAUAUGCCAGUUCUCAGUAAACUAAGUGCGAUUAGAAGGCUGGUGGACGUAAUGAAGACAUCGGUUGAAGUGCCGGUGUCCAAAAUAGUUUUCCACUAUUUCUUUGGAGCACUUCCAACGUCGUGGGUACGUCACAUAUGUGGUCAUAUCAACAGCACCGUAUGCGUGAGCCUAAUACCAGGACCACCAAAGAUUUUCUUUAACGAUGGAGUCUUCAGUGUGCGGGAUAUUAUAUUUUGGAGCCCUCACUUGCUGGGUCUCGAUUUAAUGUUCGGAUCGCUAUCCUAUGAUGAUAGGUUAGUUUUGUCGUUCAAUUGUGACGCUGUCUAUAUGGCCGAUCAGUCCAUUGCACAGGAAGUGUUGGAAAAUACAUAUAAGUACAUGGACUUAUUGGAAGAUGAACUGCAGCUGCAUCAAAAGUGAUUUAAUCAAUAUCAGCUUGGACAUAUUAUCAUGACUCAUGAGUGUUAAAAAGUGGGACCAGAUGCUUUCGUUUAUAUUAUCUGUAGGUACUUUUGCAGGGUUAGGUAUAGAAACAAAACAGCUCUACGUUUUAAGGGACAUCGUUUACUAUGAAUUAUCUAACCACGUGAUUCUUUAGACACUAAAAUUUUAAUUAGUUAAAUGAUCCGUUCUGAAUUUGGGAUAUUGCAAAGAUGACUUUCUCUGUCGCACAGUUCAAAAUUUCAGAAGUUUUGGUCCCUACGUCAGUACCUAAGUGAAAAUACUGCUGUUUCGUUUGUUUAUACCACUCGCUGUAGGUAUAGGUAUAUGCUUAGAACUACUGUUCAUUUUUAAAAUUUAGUAAUAAUAAUAAUAAUAAUGGUCAUUUAUUGAAGGAUAACACUGUAUGCACAUACUGAUAAACAGAAUUCGUUACUAUUACACACAUUUGUGUGAAAAUAGAUCAAAAUCUCCUAUCAUUAACGACAAUCGAUGAAUUUAUUUUAUUAGAUUGAAAUGAUUAGAUUUUCUAUUGUAUAACAGUACCUAUCUACUGGUAACAGUAACAGUAGCGUCAAUUUCAUUUAGACUGUGAAGCCGCUAACCAUUACCAGACACCACAAAGGAGGAAUGGUGUACUUAACCCCAGAUACUAUGGCACCGAUAAAUGGUAUGUAAACAACGCGAUGAUCUGCAGAUCGUCAGGGAAAUAAACGAGUUGUUUUGCCUAAUUGCUCAUAGAUGUGUUUAAACUAAAUGAUUUAUCGUGUUUUUCGUUUGUAUUUAUGAUGUCUCUUGUGUUUCGUUCUUGUUGAUUUAUUGCAUUUGAUUCGAUACUUACCUGAUUGUUAAUGUAGGUAAUGAGGUGUUUCAUUUGUAUGUUUUUUUCCUUUGUAUUUUGUUGUUCUUGUUGUACUCUUGCUUUAUUGAUUUUAUUUGUAUAGGUUAUGCCAUGUUAUAUUCUUCUUGGGUGACUUUUGAAAACUUUGUAAAACUCUUAAAAAUUCAAAAAUUGAUAUAUAUAUUUUCAACGUCGAACGCUCAAAGGUUUUUGCAAAAGGUUAGGAGCUCUUAAAAUGUGUUAAGGCUCUUAAGGAAGAAAGAGACUAUAACACUUUUAGGUCACUCUUGGAGCCUGCAUAGAGAUUAUUUGCGACUAACGGGUGUACACGACUUUUAAUCACAAACAAAAGCUUUUAUAGUAUAUUGGAAGACAAGUGUUACAAUGCGACCUAUUGUAAUACGACUAUCUUG